AGAGGAGGUUUCUAUCGGAGACGGAGCGGAGGAGCUGCAGAGCUCUGCGUGGUACCAGCAGAGGUUUCAAUCAGCAAUGGAUUGUGAUGGAGACUCUUCAUCUCGAAUGAUCGGGAGCUUCUGCGUCCUCAAACUAUGAACAAGUAGCAACAGGAGGCGAGACAAAUCCCGGCAAGUUUCCAGAAGUGAUCAGCUGCUGGAUUUACUGAGAGAUCAAAAACCUGGAGGAUUCUCUCUCUCUCUGUCUGGAUCUUAGUCUUUCUCCUUUAGUCAAGGUCCCCCCCUCUCUCUCUCUCUCUCCCUUCUGCUCCUGGCCCGGGUCUCUCUCUCUCUCUCUCUCUCUCUCCCUCUCUCUGGUCCGGGUCAGCUCUGCAGCUGGAUGAGCUGAAUAAACGCGUUAUUCCGGUACCCGGUGCUGGUUCUGUGUUGUCUCGGCGCACCGUGAGCUGCUGCUGUGUUGCCGUAUAGAGGAAUGCAGCAGCUCGGUCGGUCAGACUCGGUCCUGUCUGUCUGGAGCCUCCACACAGCAGACACUGCUCUAGGGGAGAUAGUCCGGCACGGCUCGGCACGGCUUUCCAUCUCUAAGUCCUCUGACCGGCUGAAACCAGGAGAUCUGGACUGACCGCUGCCAUGAAGACCCAGAAGGCCGAAGGUGUCACAGCUUCACCGUCCUGCAAACGGAAGCGUCGCUUCACCUUACGGGGCAGGAAGAAGAAGGCGCGGGGGGUCCGUGGAAAGCUCCGUAUGCGCUCGAUGCCUGGAGCCUUCCUGGUGCUGGGGAUCAUUGUGGUGGUGGUGGGGACGGCUCUGGCUGUGGCGGGAUACUGGCCCUACCGUGUGUUGAGGUCAUCCCUCCUGGGGUCCGGUAUCUCUGAAUCGCAGACUUCUGGCUUGACUAUGGGAGCGAAAGGCCUCAUCUCCACGCCAAGCCUCAUCCACAGCGAGAGGAUGAAGCUGCUGGGCCCGGUCAUCAUGGGCGUGGGGCUCUUCAUCCUCAUAUGUGCCAACACGGUCCUGUACGAGAACCGGGACAGAGAGACCCAGAUGCUGUUGGCUCAGAUGCGGAGUGUGAUCUGCUCGGUGUCGGCGGCGGUGCCCUCGGCUGACCUGACAGAUAUCGCUGCGGCUAACUCGAUGGCCAAACACUACCAGUGGGUGAGCAGUUUACCCGCAGCCCACCUCAACAUCCUGUGUCUGCAGCAGAUGACCACCUCCGAGCCCCUGCUGCAGACCAGAACCCACAUGGACCAAGAGGACGGCGUGGAGGGCGUCUACCAGCAGGCUGUCCUCCACCACCAGGAGUCCUCCACCACGCCCUCCCUCCACUCCUCCCACUCUGACUCCUGUAAUUCCAGUCAGACUGACUUUAACACACAGGGUGGAGCUGGGCAGGAGGACAGCAACAGCUUCCACGCGCAGCCCCCCACCUACGUCAAACUCAACAACUGCCUCCUGUCGGCCAGCUCCAUGUCCACUCUGGGGGUGGAGGAGGUGGAGGUCCCAGCUGCCCACCCGAGGCGCUGUCACAGUAUGAGCUACAGGACUAAACCUUACUUCCUCCAGACGAGAGUGCGUCAAACAGAAGGACGGCAAACACCGCAGCGGGAGGAGGAGGAGGAGGAGGAGGGUGGAGUCACGAGGAGAGAGGCGGGGUCACAGGUUUGCGUGAACAUCCCCCCGCAGGUCGUGGAAGCCACAGAGGAGCAUACGCACAGCAGCUGGCCUCGGUUAGACCUGGGCAGCGGGAGGCGGUACCUGAAGCUGGAGAACAAAGAGGACUCGGUGGACAAACUGCUGGACCAGUUGGAGCACCAGUGCUCCCAGUGGGAUAAGAGUUUUGGAUCAGGGCCUUUCCAAUGAUGAGGCGACUUAAGGAUACAAACACGAGGAGGAUUUUAAGACAUUUUAUCCUGGAUUCUAAGAUUUAACCACAGACAGAGACGGACACAGGUCCCGGAUCAUUCGUACUUUUUCUCACAAAGAUCUUCCAAAACGUUCUGAACCUUGAGUGGAGCAUUUAUACCUGGGUGUUCCGGCGCUCUCUUUGCUGGAUUUGGUAAAAGUUUUAUAUAAUGAAGGAGAGUAGAUAUAUGCAGACCCUACACUGUCACGGAUCAGUCCAGUGUGGUCGCAGCAAUGCGGUAAAUCAACGAGUGUGUGGAUGCAAAAAUGGGUUUGUAGUUUGCCAGGACAUGGCGUGAACGGCACCAUGAUGGAGGAGGAAUCGAGGUGUGCAGGAGGACGGGGGAUAGUUUUCACUGUGCAAUCUUUUCUGAACCAAACUACCUGGAGGCCCGAGAGGUGCUGACAGCUCCAAACGAAAUGCAACUAGUAUAUAAAAAAUGGGUCUUACUCCUCAGCCGAGGUCCCGUACUCCAAAUGCAAUGCAUGGCAGUGAUGUACAGUGUGUUACAUCUUAAUACAUAUGCAGAGUAAUGUCAGUGUUGGUUUUAUGUGUACAAGAAUUGAUGAUAAGGAGCAUUCUGGUUACUUACAGCCGAGGUCUUAUUUUCCAGGUUUGGCCGUUAUUUCUGCAGCGCUGAAUCAUGAUCACCUGUUCUGAGAUCUGGGAACACAACGACACUUCAACUGUUUCUGGAUUUUAUUGAUGGAAAGUUUGGGGGGAUAAUUAGGCUUACUCUCUUACUGUGAUCCUCCACACGACAUACGUUAUCCUGUACUGCAGACGCUGUAUGUUUAUUCAUUAAGAAUACUUCUUCACUCACAUCUGAGUGUUUAUCUAUUCCAGUUUAUUUCUCUUCAGAGUCCAAAACAAAAAAAACACGUGAAUAAUAAAUGAAUAAAACAUUAGCUUGCUGGUAGCUGUGUAAGAAUGCAGAAAUGGGAAUCAAAUAUUGUUUUUAGCCAGAGCUGAACAGUAAGCACAAAAUGGCAGAGACUCAAA